AUGGAAAACCUUGCGGAGAACGACAUGCUUGUCGACAACUACGAACAAUACCCCAAUGAGAAGACUGAUAUUGUUGUUGUCUCUCGCUCAGGCUCCGAUGAGCCCGAGCCUGCGCCUUCUGCAACUGACCAUGCCGCCAUGAUGGCACGAGUCCUGCCGAAGCCCGCCGACCUCGAAGCCGAAGAAGAGACCCAUAAUGUUUGGCACAUUAAGGAUUGGAGGAAGUCGGAACGCAAAUUGCAUGGGCCGGUCUUUAACUGCGGCGGAUCUCCUUGGCGAAUCCUCUUCUUCCCGUACGGAAACCACUCCGAACAUGCCUCGUUUUACUUAGAGCAUGCCUGGGAAGGUGAACCACCUCAAAACUGGUACGCCUGUGUGCAAUUCGCUCUGGUCCUAUCAAACGUCAAGGAUCCCUCUAUUCACGUCUCUCACGUUGCAACCCAUCGAUUCACUGCGGAUGAGGGAGACUGGGGAUUCACCCGAUUCUAUGAUAUCCGAACCCUUUUCAACGAGCCUUGGGAAGGCAAAGGCGUGCCACUGGUGCAAGAUGACGAGGCCAUUAUCACAGCAUAUGUCCGCGUCGUCAAAGAUCCUACCGGUGUGCUCUGGCAUAGUUUCCAGAAUUAUGAUUCCAAGAAAGAGACCGAUAUGGUAGGACUUCGAAACCAGGGUGCUACCUGCUACCUGAACUCGCUCUUGCAAUCGCUUUAUUUUACCAAUGGUUUCCGGAAGGCUGUUUACCAAAUCCCCACCGAGGAAGAAUCUACUCGUGAAAACAGCGCAUGGACUCUUCAAAGACUCUUUUACAACCUGCAAACCAGCGACACGGCGGUUUCCACAAACGAGCUGACCGUCUCUUUCGGCUGGGACUCUAGACAGGCAUUUGAGCAGCAGGAUGUCCAGGAACUUUCACGAAAACUAAUGGAACGACUAGAGGAGAAGAUGAAGGGCACGGUUGCGGAGAAGGCAUUGCCUGACAUGUUUGUAGGCAAGACAAAGACCUAUAUUUCUUGCAUCAAUGUCGAUUAUGAAUCUUCACGCGUGGAGGACUUCUGGGAUAUUCAGCUGAAUGUUCGAGGUAACAAGACCUUGGAUGACAGCUUCCGCGAUUAUAUCCAGGUUGAGACGCUGGAAGGCGAGAAUAAGUAUGAUGCAGGCCCCCCACAUGGCCUGCAAGAUGCGAAGAAAGGUGUGAUCUUUGAAAGCUUCCCACCGGUCUUGCACCUACACCUCAAGCGAUUCGAGUACGACCUGAAUGCUCUUACGAUGAUGAAAGUGAAUGACCGACACGUUUUCCCUAUGGAAUUUGAUGCUGCCCCUUAUCUCUCCGAGAAUGCCGACAUGUCCGAGCCUUGGACUUAUGAGCUGCAUGGAGUCCUGGUUCACAGUGGUGGCUUGGAUGCGGGUCACUACUACGCGUUCCUGAAACCUACUAAGGAUGGAAACUGGUACCGCUUUGAUGACGACCGAGUGAAUCGUGUCACGGAGAAGGAAGUUCUGGAGGAGAACUAUGGUGGAGAGUAUGAAUUGGCGAAUGGAGCCACUGGUGUUCGACAGCCAUACACCCGAACUCUCUCAACGAAGCGGUCAAUGAACGCGUACAUGUUGGUCUACAUUCGGAAGACACGAGUGGAUACUGCUUUAUUCCCGAUCACGAAAGAAGAUGUUCCUUCCCACAUUGAGACGCGCUUGGCCGAAGAUCGGGCGGAAAAUCUUCGCCGCAAGAAGGAGAGAGAAGAGGCUCACCUGUAUAUGAGCAUUGGCGUUCUGACUGAGAAGUCCUUCCAAUCUCAUCACGGGUUUGACUUGUUCAGCCCUGAACUUCCCGCUGAAGAUCCAGCGCAACCCACCCAGUACCGUGUUCUGCGGUCAAAGAAAGUAGGAGAGUUCGCGAAGGAAAUGGCAGAUGAACGAGGUCUCAGUGCCGAUUCCGUCCGCUUCUGGGUGAUUGUCAACCGUCAGAACAAGACCGCCAGGCCUGAUCAGAUUGUCACUGACCUAGAAAUGACCGUUGAUGAUGUUUAUACGAAAUUUGGUACCAAGGGUAACGCUUUCCGGCUUUGGAUGGAGGUUUUGCCGGACGGUCAAUCUUGGCCUGAGGGCAAUGACUCGGCUUUGAUCUUUUUGAAGAACUUUGAUGUGGUAACUCAAACUCUGAGCGGUGUUGGGCCUGUUUAUGUACCCAAAAGUCAGAAGGUUGGCGAUCUGGGACCUGUCAUUCUCCAGAAGAUGAACUGGCCUGUGGGUACUGAGUUUAUGCUCUUCGAAGAGAUCAAGCAUAACAUGAUCGAUGUUAUGAAGCCUAAGCAGACAUUCCAGCAGUCUGAGAUCCAGGACGGUGACAUCAUUACGUUCCAACGGACAACAAAGGAGUCAGAACUACCAGCCUCAGCCCUAUACACAGAUGCCCGACAGUUCUACGAUUAUCUGUUGAACCGCAUGGAUGUUACCUUUGCCCCUAUCUCGGCUUCCGAGUCCGAGGAAUUUAUCCUGACUCUCAGCAGGAAGAUGACCUAUGACCAGUUUUCGAAGAAGGUGGGCGAACACUUGAAUGUGAACCCUACCCAUCUGCGGUUUGCGCCAGUCAUGGCCAACACGGGCAAAGCCAAGCCUUUCCUCAAGCGAGUCAACACUUCAACACUAGCCCAAAUCCUCAACGGCACAUAUGGCACAUAUGGCUACACUAUGCAUCGAUCGGAUGCUUUGUACUACGAAGUUCUAGACAUGAGUCUCAGCGAUUAUGAAACCAAGAAGUGUUUCAAGGUGACAAUGCUCACUGAAGGAAUCACCAAGGAAGAGACUGUCGAGAUCCUGGUGGGUCGCAACGGAAACGUCGCUGAACUUCUUGAGGCCCUGCAGCAAAAGUCAAAGCUUGACGAUGAAGCUUUCCAGAACAUGAGGCUUUUUGAAGCUCAUGGUGGAAAGUUCUACAAGGAGCUUCGUGAGGAUUUCAAUGUGGCUUCCAUCAAUGAAUACUCCACACUGUAUGCGGAACGAGUUCCCGCUGAAGAGCUGAACAUGGAAGGCGAGGACCGAUUAAUCAACGCCUACAACUUUGACCGAGAGCCCAGCCGCCCUCACGGAGUUCCCUUCAAAUUUGUUGUCAAGCCUGGUGAGAUCUUUAAGGAGACCAAGGAACGUCUCUCAAAGCGCACAGGCAUCAAGGGAAAGCCUUUUGAGAAGAUCAAGUUUUCCGUUGUUCCCCGCAACUCUUUCCCAAGCGCCAAGUACAUUGAAGAUGAUGAUAUCUUGUCAGACGUUGCUGGUCCUGAUGACCUUCUUGGCCUGGACCAUGCCAGCAAGAGCCGUGGAUUCUGGGGCAAGAGUGAGAGCUUUUUCAUUCGAUAA